AUGAGUAUUUUCAGCGACGUCGAGGAAGCACAGCCCAUCGAAGUGUUCCAUCUAGUGAAAGUCUUUAAUGAAGACGACGAUCCAUCGAAAGUAAAUUUGACCAUUGGGGCGUAUAGGACAGAUGAAGGCAAACCAUAUUAUAUUCCUGUUGUGAAAAAAGCUGAGGGUGUGGUACUUGAUAGUACAUUGAAUCACGAGUAUUUACCCAUUUUGGGCUUGGAAUCUUUUACUAAAGCUGCAUCACAACUACUAUUGGGCGAUAUCACUCAACGCCAAGAAGAAGGAACCAUAUUUGGUGUUCAAUCAAUCAGUGGUUCUGGAGCACUUAGAGUGGGAGCAGAAUUUUUAGUCAAACAUUUGAAUUGUACCACAUUCUAUUAUUCAAUACCAACUUGGGAAAAUCAUCAUUUGAUUUUCAAGACUAGUGGAUUUCAAGAUGCCAAAACUUAUCGCUAUUGGAAUGAAGAAACACGAUCUCUCGAUUUUGAUGGAUUUUGUGAAGAUUUAUCAAAUGCGCCGGAAAAUGCGGUUAUUAUAUUACAUGGAUGUGCUCAUAAUCCAACUGGCUUAGAUCCAACUGAAGAUCAAUGGAAAAAAAUUGCAGAAAUUAUAAAAGAACAUAAAUUAAUACCAUUCUUUGAUAAUGCCUACCAAGGAUUUGCAUCUGGAGAUUUAGAGAAAGAUGCGUGGUCUGUGCGGUACUUCCUUAGUCAAGGGUUUGAGUUCUUAUGUUCGCAAUCAUUUGCUAAAAACUAUGGACUUUAUAAUGAACGAGCAGGAAACCUAACUUUUGUACUGAAUUCUGUGGAAAAUGUCAAGGCUGUAAAAUCUCAGGUGACAAUGAUUGUUAGAGGGAUGUAUUCAAAUCCACCAAACCAUGGCGCACGUACUGUCAGUACAAUAUUAAAUAAUGAUGUAUUCAAAAAUGAAUGGAUGAAUACCCUGAAGCUUAUGACAGAUAGGAUUAAAGCUAUGAGAAAAUCUUUAAGAGAUAAUUUGGAGAAGCUUGGCACAAUUGGAACAUGGAAUCAUAUAACUGAUCAAACUGGGAUGUUUUCCUAUACAGGAUUAUCAGCAAAUCAUGUAGAAUAUUUACGAAGCAAAUAUCAUAUUUACAUGUUGCGGUCGGGGCGUAUUAACAUUUGUGGACUGAACACCAAUAAUAUAAAUUAUGUAGCUGAAGCAAUUACCGAUACUUUAUUAAAUGUUGCCAAGUAA